UUGAGUUAUAUUUAGAGUUUGGUCCAACUCAGUGCCAAGGUCCCCCCACUGCCUCUCCCUUGCAGCACCGUCUCAGGUCUGCUCUCGCAGAUUCGCAGCCCACAGAACACCAGAAGAGAGGAAAGUCACUCUCAGCUACUACUGGAUCUAGAUGGUUGCAACUUGCUAAAACAAGUGGAACAGGAGCUCAGAGGAGGGCUCCUCAAAUCCUUCGCUUGUCUCUUAUUUAAAGACUAUUUUUUUAAAUUCAAGUGGAUUUUCCCUUUUCAACUGAAUAAGUAGGGGGAACUGCCUGGCAUACAGCAAACAUUAGUCUCCUGAGCUAAGGAUGCUUUUACUCAAAGCAGCAAUGCCACUUCCUACUACAUGAGAAAGACCAUGAUGACUUUGUGGGACUGCAGCCUGCUCAGUUCCCAAAAUGAUGACGUCUUCCAGAACAUUCAGCUUUCCAGACUGUGAUGCCCCAGCAGAUUCCCUAUAACCUUUUGGUAUGUUGUAAUGAGAGACUGCUCAAAUGAUGAAUGGACAUAAUGAAUGCACAAAAUCUAAGAGCGGAUUCAAAGAAGCGUUUUCGUGCUUUUGCCUUGAAAGCUUCAGAGCUAUAAACCAUGCGCUCCAGAAGUAACAGCACAGAAAGCCCAACCAGACCCAAGCUGUGCCAACAAAGGCUAAAAGACCACCAUAAAGAAGAAGCCGGUUACAGUGCGAGAGGAAAUGUGCAAAGAAGGCAGAAGGAGCAGGAUGAUGUAGCCCAAACCAGCACUAUCCUAAGCAGCCCUAAGGCAGAGAAAAAACACAGAGGUUCCUUCAAGAAAACAGAGGAUCUCUCUCGGGAUGACCUGCUAUUUCUUCUUAGUGUCCUAGAGGGUGAAUUACAGGCUCAAGAUGAAGUGAUAGGAAUCCUUAAGGCUGAAAAAAUUGACCUGGCUUUGCUUGAAGCGCAAUAUGGCUUUGUUACUCCCAAGAAGGUGUUGGAGGCCCUCCAGCGAGAUGCUAUUCAAACAAAGGCUGUACAAUGGCAAGAAGAUAUCUACGAGAAGCCUAUGGGAGAGCUUGAUAAAGUUGUAGAGAAACAGAAAGAAACCCACAGACGAAUGCUUGAGCAACUUCUAAUGGCAGAAAAAUCACACAGACAGACUCUGUAUGAGCUAGAGGAAGAGAAGAGGAAGCACGCUGAAUACAUGGAAAGAAGUGAUGAGUUUACAAACUUACUGGAACAAGAACGCAAAAGGUAAGGUUACCUCUUAUGUACUACUAAGAAUUUAACAUUACCUCUGAGUAUCUGUCCACUUGCUUAUUCUGCAUCCACUAGAAAUCAGGAAGAUUUGCACAGCCAUAUUUUGAGAGUUCAACUAUGAAAACCUGACUAAUUACUCCUAAAUAGCAGUACUGUCUACAUCUCCCUUAGCAUGUGAUGGAGGUUGAAAGGCUGGCAAAUUCUUCAGCACUGUUAUAGAACAACAGCUAUGUUACACUGCAGAGCAUACAAGGAGAUGCACAAAUGUGUUACAAGUUGCAACCAACACAGAGCAGGUGCACCUGGCAAUAAUAAUAUUCUUUUUUAAGUAAGAUCAGUGUACACUGAGGUAGGUAACACAAUAUGGAAUCAGGCAUGCAGCCUCAAAUGGCAGAAAAGCGAGGACAUGAGAAAAAAUAGAAGGGAUUUGGACAGACCACAGAAAUACAGUGAGGAAACGAAGGCAGAGGGUAAUUUACGGAAAGCUUUGGAAGUAAGAAAGUCAUAAAGUUCAUACAUCUGGAUUGGCAUAAAACCAUAAACAAAACUUCAUGUUUAAGUGUAACCUACAAGCACAACAGGUUGUUUAAGCACAGUG